GGUCUGACGGGCAAGGCUGGGCCACGAGGGCAGAGAGGGCCGACGGGCCCCAGGGGUCAGAGGGGACCACGCGGGGCCACAGGCAAGCCGGGGGCCAAGGGAACGUCGGGCAGCGACGGACCCCCCGGCCCCCCAGGAGAGAGGGGGUUGCCUGGCCCUCAGGGAGCGAACGGAUUCCCGGGACCGAAGGGACCUCCCGGCCCCCCCGGCAAGGACGGGCUGCCUGGACACCCCGGACAGAGGGGAGAAGUGGGAUUCCAAGGCAAGACCGGCCCCCCUGGGCCCCCGGGAGUCGUGGGACCCCAGGGUCCCUCAGGAGAGAGCGGCCCUAUGGGUGAGAGGGGUCACCCAGGACCCCCUGGCCCUCCAGGAGAGCAGGGUCUCCCCGGACCCUCAGGGAAAGAAGGCACCAAGGGCGACCCUGGACCCAUAGGUACCCCAGGAAAGGACGGGCCUCCGGGACUCCGGGGCUUCCCUGGAGAGAGAGGACUGCCAGGCACAGCGGGUGUUCCAGGACUGAAGGGGAAUGAAGGCCCUGCAGGUCCCCCUGGCCCAGCGGGCUCCCCAGGAGAGAGGGGUCCAGCAGGAACAGGGGGUCCCAUUGGCCCCCCAGGCAGACCAGGUCCCCAGGGCCCCCCCGGCCCGUCAGGAGAGAAGGGUGUCCCGGGUGAGAAAGGUCCGAUUGGCCCAGCCGGGCGAGACGGUGUCCAGGGCCCAGUUGGCCUCCCGGGCCCGGCCGGACCCCCAGGAGUCCCAGGAGAGGACGGAGACAAGGGAGAGGUGGGAGAGCCCGGCCAGAAGGGAGCCAAGGGGGGUAAAGGAGAACAUGGUCCCCCCGGUCCGCCCGGGCCCAUCGGACCUGUGGGCCAGCCUGGACCUGCCGGUGCGGAUGGUGAGACAGGCGCCAGGGGUCAGCAGGGGCCGUUCGGGGCGAAGGGAGACGAGGGCCCCCGGGGCUUCCCCGGCCCGCCGGGCCCUAUCGGACUGCAGGGUCUGCCUGGCCCCUCGGGAGAGAAGGGAGAGACCGGGGACGUCGGGCCCUUGGGUCCCCCCGGGCCCCCAGGACCCCGCGGCCCCGCCGGUCCCAGCGGAGCUGACGGUCCUCAAGGCCCCCCAGGAGGUCUGGGCAACCCUGGUAACCAAGGAGAGAAGGGAGAACCUGGAGAGUCUGGACCACCUGGUGUAGGAGGAGAGCCCGGUCCUAAGGGUCCUCGUGGGGAGCGUGGUGAGAAAGGAGAGGCAGGACAGCCCGGUACAGCUGGACCCGCAGGAGUGAAGGGACCCCCUGGAGACGACGGACCCAAAGGAAACCCUGGCCCGCCUCCGGGCUCUUGGGGUCGCGGGCUGUCUCUCCACAAGCCAGGCGAGGGCUCUGUGCGUCGAUGA